UCCUUCCUCCGCUUCAGGAAGCUGUCCGGCUCUGCGCGGCCCGCUGGUUACGGGAUGUAAGGCCGACCCUGCCCCGCCUCAUGCUUCCCCUUCCGGGCUCGCGCCGAGGCUUGCGCGCUUCCCGCGCCCCUCACCCGGGGCGCGCGCACUUCCUCCCUGUUUUCCCCAUUCCCAUUCCCCGGGCACCGGCGUCCGCACAGGUCCCGGGCUCCCGUCCGCCGACAGGUUCCGCCGGGCACGCCCUCGGGGCUCCCUCCCCCACCCCGGGCCUCGCGGUCACCCUUGGCUGCUUCCCGCUCCCGCCCACACGUUCCCGGCGGGGCGGGGCCGUUGCUGGUAUUAUGGCGUCUUGGGCGCUGUUGGCGAAGGAACAGCCGCUGCGGUGCCAAUAGAGAGCGACGGAGCCGGGCGGGCCGGGCAUGGAGAGCCUGGCGCAGCCCCCGCCACCUCCGGGCUCGCUGAAGACGGGCGGCGGGGGCGCUGCCAGCCAGCUCCUCCUGGAAGAGGCGGCAGCAGGCGAGGGCGGCUGCCGUGACGGGCCCGCGGCGGCUGAGGAGGGCGGGGGGCAGCGCAGCCCUUCCCCUCAGCGGGCCCCCGCUCCCGCCGUGGUCCCUUGUACGGCGUCUCCCUCGCGGACCCCUGAGAGCAGCACGCCGGCGGCGGAAGGCGGGGGGCUGGCGGUGCCGGAGAGUCCCGAAGCGGCGCCUACCUCGGAGAGCGGUCCCGCGGGGGCCGGCUCCGGGAGAAGCGGGGCUCCCAGUCCCCCGGGGGAGGAGUCCCGGAGCCUGGACUCUUUGGACUCCUUUUCUAACCUGCACUCCUGCUGCCCGAGCAGCUCUGAGCUCAACAGCGAUGCCGAAGAGGCGGUGGUGGCGGGGGCCUCCUCGGAGGGCGCGGCUCCGGAGCCCGAAGGGGAUAGGCCCGCGGCGGGCUCCCAGCUCCUCUCCGCCUCUAAGGAGCGCUUCCCGGGCCAGUCGGUCUAUCACAUCAAGUGGGUCCGCUGGAAGGAGGAAAACACGCCCGUCAUCACACAGAACGAGAACGGACCCUGCCCGUUGUUGGCCAUCAUGAACGUGCUGCUCUUGGCCUGGAAGAUUAAGCUGCCACCAAUGAUGGAAAUCAUAACGGCUGAACAGCUGAUGGAAUACUUGGGAGACUAUAUUCUCGAUGCAAAACCUAAAGAGAUAUCUGAAAUUCAGCGUCUAAAUUAUGAGCAGAAUAUGAGUGAUGCAAUGGCGAUUCUACAUAAGUUACAGACGGGUCUGGAUGUCAAUGUGAAGUUUACAGGUGUAAGAGUGUUUGAAUACACACCUGAAUGCAUAGUGUUUGAUCUUCUUGAUAUCCCAUUGUACCAUGGAUGGUUAGUGGACCCUCAGGUUGCUGACAUAGUAAAAGCAGUUGGUAACUGCAGUUACAAUCAGCUGGUGGAGAAGAUAAUUUCUUGUAAACAGUCAGACAACAGUGAACUGGUUAGUGAAGGAUUUGUAGCUGAGCAAUUUCUAAAUAACACAGCUACACAGCUGACAUACCAUGGACUGUGUGAGUUGACUUCAGCUGUCCAGGAGGGAGAGCUUUGUGUAUUCUUCAGGAAUAAUCAUUUCAGCACCAUGACCAAAUACAAGGGCCAGCUUUACCUGCUGGUGACAGAUCAGGGCUUUCUCACAGAAGAGAAAGUUGUUUGGGAAAGCUUGCACAAUGUGGAUGGUGAUGGAAAUUUCUGUGAUUCUGAAUUCCACCUGCGGCCUCCAUCAGACCCUGAAACUGUCUACAGAGGGCAGCAGGAUCAAAUAGAUCAAGAUUACCUGAUGGCAUUGUCUCUACAACAAGAGCAGCAAAAUCAAGAGAUUAACUGGGAACAGAUCCCAGAAGGAAUCAGCGAUCUAGAGCUAGCAAAGAAGCUCCAAGAAGAGGAGGACAGGAGAGCUUCUCAGUACUAUCAGGAACAAGAACAAGCAGCUGCUCAGGUCCAGCAGGUACAAGGUGCUGCUUCUCCAGCAAGUGGAAGACAAUCUGGGAGUAAUGAACGCAAACGAAAAGAGCCUCGAGAGAAAGAGAGAGAAAAAGAGAAGAAUAGCUGUGUUCUCUUGUAAGAGAAAAUGGAUUUAGUCUGGAGCCAAGUGCAUGUCCUCAGAAGCAAAAACAAGGAAUAAAAAGGAAGACAAACCUGUUACAUGCCGCCUGUGCCUGAUUACCCCAUGGAUUUUGUUCAUGUUUCAAGAGAGGAUGGCUGACUUUGUUACAAUCAUACAGACUUUCUUCAAAGUCAUGGCGUGUGCUGCUCAAGAUGGAAUUCCAAAUCACAGUUGGAUGUGGCUGUGCUUUGAAUUAGUCAUAAGAAAUACUGCACCUUGUAGCUGAACACACAAAUCUUGGCAGUUUUGUGUCAUAGUGACAUCCAUUACUCAUUACAUCAGUUAGUAAGCUAUUUUAUCUUCUACUCUGAACAAAGGAGGUAAUUUGUUUUGUGUAAGACUUUUUCCUGAAGUCUUUACACUAGCACAAUAGAGUUCUGUGUUACUUACAUGGUAUGAAACUAUUAGGCUGGGUAUAGUCUUCAUGAAACAGGAGCCUGAAUAACAGCUGGGCACUGCCUCCUCAGUGUGUCCAGAUUUCCUUGUUUCUGGAUCUGGUAUGUUCACUUUUUUGAACCCAGAUUUAUACUGUGUUAUUGCUAUCAUUGCACCUCCUGGCCAGCUUUCUUGCCCCAAGAAUAUGUGACCUGAUAGGCAUCACACAAAAAAUUAUCAUAGAGAAUGGGGCAUUUAUUUAUAAGCAAGAUGAAUAGUGUUUGCUUUUCUUGCAAUUACAAACUGGGUAUGGCAACUCAGAUGUUAUCAGGGUUAAACAAGUAAUUUUAUAGGUAACUUCUUUUUUCCUUUAGUAUUUUUUCUCUUGUAGGUAAACUGGACCAGAUAAGUUCUUAUUUAUUGACCUCUCUAUAUGAUAGGUGAAUGAUGAGAAGUGACUAAGGUCUAUAAUAAUCAUUAUUCUAUGUAAGAAUGCAGAGUUAAAAUAACUAUCUGCCUUUUUUCCAGAAGUACCUUGAACUUUAACAUGAUGCUAACAUGUCCACUUGUAUAUUUAAGCAAGUGUACUGUAGAUAAAACCACACUUUUGUUUUAUAAAUCAUGUAUCCUUAAAAAGCACACUUCUGAAGGGUGGUGAGAAGCGAGGCUGUUCUCUGAGACUGGGAAGGUGGUCAAGUGUAAUAUUUUGUUUUUAAAUCACUAAUUUAGAAUUUUUAGAAAGCAGAUUUUUCUAAUUUAUGGGAACCAAAUAAACAUGUUGCGUCUUGUAAUAUUUAUAGAAUGCAGGAACAGAACCCUUGCUGAAUUUUGAGGGAACUGCAGAUCUUCCUCCACUUUUAAGUCAAUAACAGUUACCUUCCUGCUGAACCUUUUUGAUAAAGAUUUCUAUUUAGCAAUUUAUAGAUACUUUUGGAAAAGGCUGCUUCUCCUGGACAAGAUACAUAUUUGCGCUCUAAGCCUGGGUAAGUGCUUUAGUAUCCAAUAAUCUGGGAAAGCGAAGGCAGACAUCCCUGGCUUCAGGUGUUUGGAGAAUGUCUGAGGGAGAGUGUGUCUAAACACUCCACCAGUACAUCCACCAGUAAGAAGCUGCUGUUACAAACCUAGAAUGAAAAUUAGAUGGAUAGAGGAAGAAUGUCUUACUAACUAAAGCGCCAGUUUGUAUCGCUUUUUUCUUUCAUGCCUCUUUUGGUUUUCCCACUUUUGCUACAAUUUUCCUUUUAUAAUAAUGAAGUAAUGAACAGUAGGAGGUCUCUAAUACACAAACUGUAAAUUUAAAAAUUUAUUAUCUAGAAAAGUCAUGGCCAGAAAAGUAAUCUUAAUGCUUAAUGUAUGCAGAUAAUUUUCUCUGUCAAAGGAAAGGUGGACAUCUUUUUUCCUUUGCAGCAGCCUAACUUCUUCAAACAAAUUAAUGUGAUGGAGGAUCACCAACAUAAUGACUUACCUACUUUAAGCAGAUCAGAAAAUAUACCAGUAGUGUCAAUAACAAAGACUCUAAGCCAGAAUGUUGUUUAAAAACAUUCUGUUACUAAGAUUUUUCCAAAUUUGUGUAUUUACGUUUAUUUAUUGACCUUGAAAAAUAAAUAUGUCGUGCUAA